AUGUCAAGCCGUCCGUCGACUUGCUCUGACUCCCAGCAUGAUCACAUCCAAGAUCUACAGAAUUUGCUUGGUGGUAUGAGCCUCACAGAUUCAUCGUUUGAUACUGUCACCUGGAAGCGCAAGACUACAGAAGAGUCGAUUGCAUUGUCAAGAUCUUUACAUGCACAAUCGACGCGCAACAAUAUACCCAGCGGAAGAAUUGGAACGGCGGCGCCUCCUUCUGCCCCCUCAACAACCCAAGCACCCUUGUACUCAGCGGCAGUCCCAUCCCCCCCAUCCCAACCUGUCCCCUUUACGACUACCCAGAUACCCUCCAGGGUUUCACUUGUUCCAAUCCCAGACGAAAUCCCUCCACCACAAGCCGGGCUGAAACCGGAAGGCUUCUGGGUGAUCACCGUUGGGCAAGAAGUUGGUGUAUUUUAUCAUUGGGCUGAUGUCGCGGAGCGAACAAAUUUUGUUAGCGGAAGUGUUCAGAAGAAGUAUGCAUCUUUCCAGGAAGCUCUUGACGUAUACACCGUCAAAUAUAACGAGGGCAGGGUCCGCGCAAUCCCAAUGCCAGGUGGCCCAUUCUGGCCUCCAAACUCACCUAGAUCUCCCCCAUCCUCUGGAUCCCCUGCUUCCUCGACGUUGUCUAUAGGCUCGGACGACUUGUGGUCACAGGUUGAAGACUUGUCGGAGACCAUGAGUCAGUACCGGUUUUGA